AGUUCUUCCCUACUCAUACCAACACCAUUACUCUGUAGUUGUACUUACAGUAUCCCUACUAACUCCUCCUGUUCCUCUCACUGCGGUAGUCGUCACCGACCACCAGUUUCUGUGUUAAUUGCCAGUCAGUCAGUUGCUGUUAUCUUUAGUAGUCGUCUUGUUGUUAACUCGAUUAUAGACAACUGUUCUCUACAUACUCUGCAAACCCCGCUGGGUCAACCACCAACGGACAAACCGUUCAUUUUCGCGUGUUGUGAAAUUAAAAAAAAAACAACCUAAUCUAAACCAGGAUAUUUGGAUAUAUACAGUGUAGAUUUUAAAUUAAAUACUUGCACGCAUACAUACGCCCAUACAAUAUAAAUUCACAAAUAUAUAUUUUUAAAAAUCCCACCCAAUAUACAUAUAUGUAUAUGAUACUUACAUAUAUAUAUAUAUCCCAAAAUUGAGAGAUUCAAGACUAAUCUGUCUUCUCUCAUUCAUUCUAUCUUGAAAAAAAAAAUUGUUACUGAGAAGGAUUGCUGAAAGUGCUACUAAUUUGGCCUUCAGACAAAAAACGAUCUGAUUUACGAUCUAAUUUCAUUAGUGCAGCACAUACAAAUAUAAAGAAACGAGCCAUGGCUGACGAAGGCAUUAAUAACAUGACCCAGCCGGAUUCAGUUGGCAACCUCCUCGGAGAUAGCCAUUUAGGCAAUUUGGAUAAUUACAGUUCUAGUGCUUUCCAGUCGGAACCUCUGCAGCCUCAACCGUCAGCACCUCAUCAGAUGAUGUCUUCUGGAUCGAUUUCUUCGUCUAAUCCUCUGGAUGAUGACUUCGGUUUUGAUUCGCACAUCACCUCAAGUAACACGGUUAACCCAAGUUCGAAUACCACCAGCAGCGGCAGCAACAAUUCGGCUCAGUCAUCUUCAUCCUAUACCCCGGGUGAGCUAAUUUCUAAUACUUAUAACCCUGUUGAUCAUGACAGUAACUAUAAUGCUAGUCGUGUUCAAAUCGCUACCCAUGACACUGGAGAAAAUUUUAAUCUUGACAAUAGUAAUUAUGGAAUGUCUGAUUCUUCACCACCACCACCUUUAUCGCAACACCAGCAGCACCAUCUAAAUGAACCAUCGUCUAAAGACGAUGAGGUUGACAGUGGAGAUUCUGACAGCGACGAUUAUGAGAAAUAUGACCAUGAUAGUCUUGUUAGAGGUCAGACUGUGCUUACAUCGAAACACAGUGAGGACCAACAACACAGUCAAGACGAGUACGAUGAUGAAGAUGACGAUGGAGAAAGUUCCCUCAUCGAAUAUAAUGAUAUUGAAGAUGAUGAAGUAGAUGUGGUUAAAGAUAACGAUUUUGUUUACUCGACUUCUGCUGUGGCUGAUUCAGCCAACGCGGUUGAUAAAUUUCCAGAUAAUGUCCAAGCACCACAACUUUCCCCUUUAGAUUCUUCAUUGUCACCUCAAACAUCACCAACCCUCCAGGCACCCUUCCAUUCCGAAAUUCCCCCCUUUGGUUCUUCUGAAGCAAAUGAUGUUGCGACAAUUUCUCAGUCCGACGAAGGCAAAGUGGUGGAUUCGCCCUCAUUUAUGCCCUCAGAUCCUUUCAUUACUAGCACCAGCGAUGCAGGUACACCAUCACCUGUUCCUGUCACUAGUUUUGGCUAUGAUGACCCACUGAAAUUGUCUGGUGUUGCUUCUUCUGUUGAGACUGCAGCUCCUAGUGGUCAGUUUGUGAACGAUCUAGCACCCGAAGUAAUAGGUGGCAAUGAUGGUGUAGAAGUUGCUGGUAGUGAAAAUGAUGAUGACAGCUUUGACGAACAGCGAUGUGAAAUUCCUGCGUAUUCAUCGCUGUCAAUGUCGACACCUGUCGUAGCAUCUGCUGACCCCUCUUUUAGUCAACCCAAAUCACCAUCCCCUCCGAUUUCCGACCCUCAGUUAUCCGUGCUCGACUCCGAUCCGUAUUGCACCACUAUUAAACACCAACAACCAUCUACUUUCUAUAACACUCAAAGCAUCAACGAGAACCGCUUUUCCUCAGAACCCGAUUCCUCGUCAGAACCCACAGUACAAACAGGUCCUAACUUUACAGAACCUAAAGAAGCACAACCACAGUCGACGUUAGAAGGUAGGACAUGGCUGAAAACGAUAGAUCCUAAAGAACAAGAGCCUGAGGUCAAUGUGAAGGAUCUACACGGUUACAGACUUAUCUUGGAUCUCAUCUACUGGAGAGAUGUCAAGAAAACAGCUGUGGUCUUUGGCAGCAUGCUCUUUAUUCUCCUCUCCUUGGCAAUCUACUCAGUACUCACUGUUAUUGCUUAUCUGUCCCUGGCAAUUUUGGCAGUCACUCUCAGUUUUCGUGUUUACAAGAACAUCAUGCAAGCAGUCCAGAAAUCUGGUGAUGGACAUCCUUUCAAGGAAUAUCUUGAAUGUGACAUUGAGUUAAAUGACCAGAAAACACAGAAGGUUGUCAAGCUCAUCUUGAAGCAUACCAAUUCUACUGUUCAAGAACUGCGACGACUUUUUCUUAUUGAGGAUCUUGUAGACUCCCUCAAGUUUGGCCUCCUCCUGUGGGUUUUGACUUACAUUGGUUCCUGGUUUAAUGGAAUGACAAUAAUUAUUAACAGUGUUGUGAUAAUUUUCACACUCCCAAAGAUUUAUGAAACAUACAAGGUUCAAAUUGAUAAUUACUUGGCAAUGGCGAGGAGUCAAUUCAAUAAAAUAUUGCAGCAUCCUUGGGUCCAAUCCAAGUUGCCAUUCCUGAAAAAGAAGGCUAAAGCCCAGUAAAGCAACUGUUUUUCUUAAAGCUUCUGUUAAUCUGUUGAAGAUCUCAGCAACUCUGUUCCAUGCUAAUAUGUGAGUGUUUGGCCAAGAAAACAUCAACAAUUUUCUUUUAAACAACAACAACAGCAGCAAAGAAUUAUUGAAAUACAAAACAAUCAAAAUAAAUAAUCCUUGUUAAAUUUUCUUUUUAAUUUUUUUUAUGUCAUUUUUCUCAUUUCAAAGAGAGAAAAAAAAACUACUUGUUUUACACUCAUACACAAACAUAUUAUAUAUAUACACACACACACAAUUCUUCUCAAGACUGUGUUGUUGAUUCUGUUCAAAAUAUUUUAAUCCAGUUUUCUUUCUCUCACUCUUUCACUUUUUCUUUCCCAAGAAUUAUCAGUAUUGGUGGUGUCCCUAGACAUAAAUCUUGUCUGCAAAAUAAAUUGUUUCAUCACCUGGCUCACCUAUCUAUUAUUAUUAUUAUUAUUAUUAAUUAGGUUAUGAAUAACAAUACUUUGAAAACCCAAACACCAAAUGUUGUAUAUCUAGGCAGAGACUUUUUUGUUAGACAUCCUAGCAAUUAAAGAGAAUUGGAAUAAAUACUUGACAUUAAUGCCUUCACCAUCUUUCUUUCUGUUACUGUUUCUUACAAAUCACAAGUUACAGUUAUAAUCCUUUAUUCAUAUUCAUAUCACCCUGCACAGAAUGUGGAUUAAAGUGUUUCGUUCCUUUUUUAAAAUAAAGAGUUUAUCUUAUACACACACACACACACACACAUAUAUAAGUAUUCACACACUGUUAUUUAUUUGUAUAGUAUUAAUUUAUUUUCCACUUUGGCUUCACAUCCUGCUCUCAAUUUUGUGGCCCUUCAACUAACCUGCCCCCUCCCCCUUUUUUUAUUAAUACAUAUAAUUUGUUAUAUCCAAGUGUACUGUUAUUAAGUCACUGGAACUAAAUAAUAAUUGAUCCUAAUUCUUUGCAAUGAUGGUGUUCUUGCAACUACAAUAAAAAAUGUUUGGUUAAUUCUUCUUCUUCCUUUUUACCCCCAUCUCUCUCUCAAUUUAUUGCAAGUAUUUCUUCAUUUUCUUUUCCAUAAACAUUUAAAGUUUUCUAGGUAACACUAAGUUUGUAAUUAAACCUAGUAUAUAAUUAGAAAUACUGUUACAUUGCACACAUCCUCAAGAUAUUAAAAAAAAACUCAUUAAUUAUAUCCAACUUCUUCUCUCUCAAAUUUAAUCAUUGUAUGAAUAUCAUGCAAAGAAUAUAAUCCAAAACAAAAAAAAAUAUCUACCUGUGUGUAGUUUAUGAUACUACACUUGUCAUGUUGCUGUUUUUUACAGUAUGGUAUAUAUAUAUAUAUAUAUGUGUGUGUGUGUGUGUGUAUUUAUUUAUAUAUGUAUAUACUUUUGCCACAGGUCUUGCUUUGGUAUACUAAUUUUACUAGUGACUGCUCAUUACAGUUGUUACUACUGCCACCACCGCUGCCAACAUCACCACCACCAUAAUAGUGAUAAGUCUAUAUUAUUAAUAUUAGGUUGACUGAACAUUUACAUAUGUAUGAACACAUGCAUAUAUAUAAAUGUGUGAACACUCACAUACAAAUUCGUUAGCAUGUUUUUGAUUAAAAAUAACCUUUGUAAUCAACACUUCUGUUUACCUUUUGUGAAAAACAUAAAAUUCUAUAAAUAAAAAAAAAACUAUUUAAACUAUGAUUAUAUUUGUAUAAUUUGCAAAAUUUAAAUUUCCUAUGACAAGAAACAAAACAAAAAAAUGUCCCCUCUCCCUACAGCUUUCAUGAAUUUGACUGAUUGUUUUGUUAUUGUUGAGUCUUAUUUCUUCCUUGAAAAUCAAAAAUUAUAUAAUAGAUCUUAUUUUUAUUAUAACUACUCUAAGCUAUAACACUUAUGUAUUUAUGUAAUGGUGACCACAUUUAUUUCUUUAUCACUUGGUCGGUCAGUCAGUCAGUGUGUGUAGGAGACUAUAAACCUAGCCACACACAAAUGUUGCAGUUUAUAAACAAAAGAAGAAGGUAGUACCCAAUACAUGGCAUGGAGUUUAUUCAUACAUAUUUCAACUGAGAUUCUGGUCACUAUUCAAAUAUACAUGCUUAGUGAUUGUUUGGGCAACUUUGAAACAUUACAGAGUGUGAGUUUAAAGCAGCAUCUAGCCAUACUCUUUACACCAAUGUAUAUAUAUAUAAUAUAGCCAUCAGUUAAAAACGAAUAUCAAUAAUACCAAAUGAUAUUGGCUUGUUUUGUUUAUUAUUCCAUUCUGCUUCAGCUAAGUGUACUGUGGUAUUGUUGUUGUUUUUAAGCUGCAAUGUCUGUCACUAGACUUGCAAAGACAAUUGUAAAGUGUAUUAACUAUAUUGUUCAAAUAUUCUGUUGUCUUCAGCUUAUCUAUUUCUAACAGGUUGUUAUAUAAUGAUUGCCAACAUUAUAUUAUUUUGAUUUUGUCAAUAGAUGAGCUUUGUUUGCUCACCUGUUGUGGCUUUUUUCAACCUUUACUACAACAUCAGUCAUGUGUAUAUCUUCAAUACAUUUUUGCAAAUGGCCACCACUGUUGAAAUUAUUUCAUGUAGUGGUAUCAGCAGAAAAUUCCUUAUUUGCAACUAUAGAAUUAUCCUUUUUGACCCCUCCCCCAAUUUGUUUCUGUUAUAAAUAAUUGCACUUUGGAUCACAAUUUUUUUUCCAAUUUUAAAAUUGUGGCUUGUGAAAUAUUAUUUCCAUUAUGGUAAAAUAUGGGGUUUGAAAACUGUUAGUAAAUUUUGUUGGGAGUGGGUUGUAGUUGUGUAUAUAAAUAUAUAUAUAUAUAUAUAUAUAUAUAUUUACUGAUAUAUUUCAGUUGCGUAUUAUAUUAAGGACAUCAUGAAUAUUACAAUAUCUUAAAAGGGUGGGAAUUAAGUGCCAGAGGUGAUAAGAAGACCCUCGUUAUUGCAUUGCCUGUUGUCGUCGAUUUGUGUAGAGAAACUUAUAAUUUAAAACAAAAAAAUUGAUAAAAUUUUCCAUUUUGAACGUUAGAAAUUCCACACAUAAGAAUUCAAUGGCUAAAGCUGGAGUAAAAGAAUGAAUAUUGCUAAUAAAGGAAAUUAAACCAAACUUGA